AACAAUUGCCUCCAAACGGGCGACGGGUCCUUUUCUUGUCCGCCACUGCCUACAUAGCUUCCACUAAUCUCCUCCUUCACUUUCCCAAAUUCCUCGCUAAGUAACUCAAAACCUAGAAGAAAAAACAAUGAACAGAAAAGGAAAACUAAAAGGGAAAACAAAAAAGGCAUCAAUGGUGAAAAAGCCUCCAUGGUUAGAACUUGAGGAAAAUGUAUGGGCAAAUAUAUUACACAAGCUUGGGGCUAUAGAAAUACUUGAGACUGCACAGAAAGUGUGCACUACAUGGAGGCGAAUAUGCAAGGAACCUUCAAUGUGGCGAAUAAUUAACAUGACUAAUGAUGGGGACUUAUCUGAUAUGGAUUAUGAUUUAGAGGAAAUGUGUCGAUAUGCUAUUGAUCGUAGUCAAGGUGAAUUAGUUGAUAUUAAUUUGGAGUACUUUGCUACUGGUCCGUUGCUUGAGAACAUAGCACAAAGAUCAGGAAAACUGAAAAGACUUAGCAUUGCUUGUUGCUAUGGUAUGGUAUGUGAAGGCUUGGUUGAAGCAGUUCAAAAGCUCCCAUUGUUAGAAGAGUUGAGUUUGACACAUACUACUAUCACAACAGAAGGCAUCGAAGCUCUUGGACUCUCUUGCCCACGGUUGAAGUCGUUUAAAUUGAAUAACUCUUUGUAUAUGGGAUCAGGUGAUUACUUUGAAAAUGAAAAUGUAAGAAAUGAAGAGGCUCUAGCUAUUGCUAAAAACCUGCCUACCUUGCACCACCUUCAACUCAUUGGAAACAGUAUGACAAAUAAAGGCCUCGAGGCUAUUCUUGAUGGUUGCCCUCAUCUUGUAUCACUUGACUUGCGGUUGUGCAAAUAUGUUAGCCUCAACGAAGUCUUGAGUAGUAGAAUUUCUGCGCAGAUUAAAGAUGUGAAGCACCCUCAUGAUUCUCUCUCAGGUCUUGACUUUUCAUUUAAGGCUUGCGGGGAAGAGGAUGAUGAAGAUGACGUGUUUGAUGAUUACUGACUACUAGUUGUCCUGUUUCUAGCAUUAGCCUCAUUUCUGAAGUUGCGGGCUUUUUGGGUCAUUGGAUUAUGAACAAUUCUUCAGGUGUCCGCAACGAUAAUAUAGGGAAAUGUUUUGUAUUAUGAAUUCCUCCUCUUGUAUCAAUAUUUUUGUUAAAGAUCUCCUUGGGACUAUGUUCCUAAAGAAAUCAGUAUGUAAUGACUAUGUGGUGUUAUUAAUA